CGGGUCUGGCCCGCCCGGAAGUCCCAUCGCAGAAGAUAGAAGUAGUACAUAUCUGCGAGAAAGGGGUUUCGCAUGAAACGCUUAACGGCUCCUUUCCAGUUUCCAGUUCCCUUUCCGUGCUUCAAUCUGCCACCAUCUUCAGCCUUCAGCUUGGUCCAAAUAGCUCCUUCUCUACUACUUUCUUUUCUAGUUUAUCUCUGAUUCUGUUCUACUUAGUGCCGUAGAGUUAUCAUGGAACCCAAGCUCUUGCUAUCUUCUCCAAAAUCCCUACCCAGCACUCCUUUGCCCUUCUUUUUCUCAUACAAGUCCCCUUUUUUCCAGAACCCAAGACUUUCCGGAGAAUCCCAUCUCUCAUUUUCAUCAAAACAAGUGGAGAAGAGACAAUUUUGGGGCCAAAGUUUGGUUUUGCAAGAGAAAAGUUGUUCUUUCGGUAAUCUAGGAAGGACCCAUGCCCCAUUUCAUCCGAUAAGAGCCGUGCUCAAGAGGCAGAAAGAGCGUCCCUUCGAUAAUGUAAUCCAGAGGGACAAGAAGCUGAAACUGGUAUUGAAGAUAAGGAAGCUCUUGGUGGGUCGACCUGAUAUGACUAUGUCGCUUUUAGACUUGGGUAAAUACAGGAAGCUCCUGGGUCUUAAGAAAAAGAGACGAUUCAUUGCUUUGUUGAGGAAGUUUCCAGGUGUGUUUGAGAUUAUGCAAACAGGGGUUUAUUCGCUUCGAUUCAAGAUGACGCCAGAGGCUGAGAGACUUUACCGGGAGGAGUUGAAGAUUAGGGGUGAGAUGGAGGAUUUGUUGGUUUUAAAGUUGAGAAAAUUGCUCAUGAUGUCUUUGGAGAAGCGGAUUCUUUUGGACAAAAUUGCCCAUUUGCGAACUGAUUUUGGGCUUCCAUUAGAAUUUCGCGAUACAAUUUGUCACCGAUAUCCUCAAUAUUUUAAGGUAGUACGCACUGAAAGUGGCCCUGCGUUAGAACUAACUCAUUGGGAUCCCGAACUGGCAGUUUCGGCGUCUCAGCUUUCUGAAGAGGAAAAUCGCGCUAGAGAGUUGGAAGAGAGGAAUCUUAUUAUUGAUAGACCACUAAGGUUUAAUAGAGUAAAGCUGCCAAAGGGUCUUCAUAUUCGCAAGGGUGAAAUGAGAAGGAUUUGUGAGUUUAGGGACAUGCCUUACAUAUCGCCCUAUUCUGAUUUUUCUCGACUGAGGCCUGGUACGCGAGAGAAAGAGAAGCAUGCAUGCGGGGUUGUUCAUGAGAUCUUAAGUCUCACUGUUGAGAAGAGAACGCUUGUGGACCACCUCACUCAUUUUCGAGAGGAGUUCAGAUUUUCUCAGCAGCUGAGGGGGAUGCUUAUAAGGCAUCCUGAAAUGUUUUAUGUCUCCUUGAAAGGGGAUAGGGAUUCAGUUUUUCUCCGGGAGGCAUAUCAAGAUUCGCAGUUGAUAGAUAAGGAUAGACUCUUGCUUAUCAAGGAGAAAUUUCGUUCACUUGUUGCUAUUCAACGAUUCCCAAGGAGGGGGGCUCCCAAAAGUGAUGCUGAUGUGGCAGAAGGCACUGAUGAACUGGGAGAUGGAAGCGCUGGAGAGGAGGGAGAAGACUGGUCUGAUGUAGAUAAUUUAUUGACUGAUGGGCUUGAUGAUGAAGGUGAUGAUGAAGAUCAUGUAGAUGAUUGGAGUGAUGAAGAUGAUGAUAUACCCCCAGAUUUUGAUGAAGAUGAUGGAGCUGUGAUGCUUGAAUUGGAUGAAAAGAGAAGAGAGGCUGAUAACAUGCCUAAAAAUGAAGAAAAGGCGCUUGUUCCUGCAUUUCCUGAUGGUCGACCAAGGGAACGCUGGUGAAAACUGUGAAAUGAUAGAAACGGCCUUAGGGAAUCAAAAUGCCUUCACGAUUUGCUCUUGAAGUGUGUUCUUUAUCCGCCCUUUAGGGAAUGCUCUCUACUACUCUGUGAGGUUCUUCAACCCUUGACAAAAAUGCAAGCCCUGGACCUGGAUUUUGUUCUCAUGUUGAGCACUGCUUUUAUAUGCGAUAAUUAAAGGUUUUACUCUCAUACUCAUGAAAGAUUUAAACAGAAAGCAGUGUUACUUC